AGGAGCCAUCAGGAUGUUCCUCUUGCGAUCAGCUGCUGUUGCCUCCUUCCUGUUAGCGUGCGGUCUCCCCUACUCAUCUGCCUUCGUCGGCAGCGGACUCACUGUCACGCCCAAGGAUGCUCGUCUCAGGACGGCUGUUUCAGCGACUGCGUCCCGUUCCACUCCGCUGGGGCUCAAAAUGGAGGAUCCUCUGCUCCUGAGAGCAGCCAGGGGGGAGAAGGUGGAGAUGACACCGGUGUGGAUGAUGAGGCAGGCGGGCAGGCACAUGCAGGAGUACCGGGAGCUCGUGAAGAAGUACCCUACCUUCAGGGAGAGGUCCGAGAUACCUGAGGUCGCGACGGAGAUCUCCCUGCAGCCGUGGGAGGCGUACGGGGUGGACGGAUGCAUCCUCUUCUCCGACAUUCUCACGCCCCUUCCUGGGAUGGGUGUGGAGUUCGACAUCAAGGAGACGAGCGGGCCGAAGCUGAAGCCCCUGAGGACGAAGGAGCAGAUUGACACGAUGAAGAUCUGCUCGGACUGGUCCACCUCCAUGCCCUUCGUCAAGCAGACCCUCGGAGAGCUGCGCAAGAGGGUGGGAAACUCGGCGACUGUGCUGGGGUUCGUGGGCCUUCCGUUCACUCUGGCGACCUACUUGGUGGAGGGAGGAACCAGCUCUGAGUACCUCGAGAUCAAGAAGAUGAUGUACUAUAAUCCCUCCCUCCUCACGGCCAUGCUGGAGAACCUUGCCGAGAACAUCGGAAACUACGCGAACUUUCAGAUCGAGGCCGGAGCUCAGGUCAUCCAGAUCUUUGACUCUUGGGCGGGCUCUCUGUCCCCCGAGGACUACGACCUCUUCGCCUUCCCGUACCAGAAGAUGGUUGUCAACGCCAUCAAGAAGAAGCACCCUGAUGUCCCCAUCAUCAUCUACAUCGCUAAGUCUGGGGCACACGUGGAGCGCAUGGCCGACACUGGGGUUGACAUCGUCUCGCUCGACUGGACCGUCACCAUCGACGAGGCUCGUCGGAGGAUCGGCAGAGACAUCGGCCUUCAGGGCAACCUCGAUCCGGCGAUCCUCUACGGCCCCGAGCACAUCAUCAAGGAGCGCACAGAGAGCAUCCUGAAGAUGGCUAAGGGAAGGCAUCACAUCAUGAACCUGGGGCACGGUAUCGAGGCCACCACACCUCAGCCCAACGUGAAGUUUUUCGUCGACACAGUGCACGCGUUCAAGCACUGAGCUCGAGGGAGGGAGGAGCAGCAGCAGCAGCAAGCCCGGCAAAACCAACAGAUCCGCUUUCUUAAAUUCCUCGCACGAGUUGCGCAGGACUAACCGAUGUGACCACAUGCUAUCAACAAGGAAAAAUGAUCUCCUGUUCUCCGCGCUCCUUCUCUUCGACCCCCGCUGGCCGCAAGUGGCUCUCAAGCCCGCUGCCCCUCCUACUUGCCGGAGGAGGCGUUGCUCCCUUCUCUCUUGGGCACUAGGUGCUUCACAGGCACAAAGUAGUCGUGCUUGAGAGCGUCGGUCGGGCUGAUCCGCGUCUUGUGGUCGUACCGCAAGCACUGGUCGAGGAAAUCGAUCGCCUCAGGGCUGACAAGGUGCUGAUUUUCUCUGGUCACGAACGACUGCCAGCUCUUGCGCGGGUGCUUGCCCAGUAUGCCAUCGUAGUGUCUAUCCAGCUGAAUGUCGUACUUAUCCAAGUAGGCGAACAGGUCGUCUGUGCCCAACACCUUAGCGAUCUUAACGAGUUGAUCAUAGUUAUCAUGUCCAUGGAAAAAUGGCUCCUUGCGAAAAAUCAUUCCUGCAAACAUUGCUCCAAGACUCCACAUGUCAAGGGAGUAAUCGUAUUCACGGAAGUCCACUAGCAGUUCAGGUCCCUUGAAGUAUCUCGAUGCUACACGCACGUUGUACUCCGUCCCUGGGUAGAAAAACUCGGCAAGACCCCAAUCGAUCAGACGUAACUUGCGCUGAGAGUGAUCGAUCAUGACAUUGUGAGGCUUGACGUCUCUGUGCAUGACACCGUUGGCAUGUGCGAAUGCCAGAGCCACCAGAAGCUCAUGAAUGUAAUAUCGUAUAUCCAUGUCAGUCAGUGUUGGGUACAAGAUUUUGAAAUCUGUGUUUGCUACAUGCUCAAACACCAAACUUGGAGUUUUUGAGCCUGGAUCGCGAACGGUGUCAAGAAGCUGGAUGACGUUCGGACCUCCCCUCAAGUUCUGCAAGAUGCGUAUCUCUCUCUUGAUCUUUCUUUGUCUGACAGGCUUCAGACACUUGAUAAUGACUUUCUCCUCGGACGAUACUUUCCAACCUUCAAACACUUCGCUGUACUUUCCCCUUCCCACCUUCCUAAUUAUUUCAUAGUCCUCGCAAUCAGCCCAACAUAUCGUCAUAUUCUCGUAAUCAGUAUCCGUUAGGAACGUUUGCGGGCUCGCCGCAGCAACUCCACCCCCCUGGGCUGGAGACUUUGACAUUUCGAACGAAGCUCCCUUACUUCCUGGUUGAAAAAUGGGAGAAAAUUCAGGCUAGACCUCGGGCUUCAGUUCGAACUAGAACAACACGGGCUGGACUGGCAUUCCGACCCACUGCAUGACCU